UCCGACGGAAAAAAAUCAAACCAUCUUUUUUACCGUUCAAAAGUAGUUAAUUUUUAUUGGUUUAGAGGUAGUUGUUUCGGUUUUCUCCAUGGCUUCUUCGACGAAAGAUGUCGCUGGGAUCAAGGGUCCGUGGAGUCCUGAGGAAGAUGAAGCCUUGCGGAGACUGGUUCAAAACUACGGUCCUAGGAACUGGUCUCUGAUCAGCAAAUCGAUCCCUGGUCGAUCGGUGAAAUCAUGCAAGCUCCGGUGGUGUGACAAGCUCACGCCACAGGUCGAACACCGCCCGUUCACCUCAGACGAAGACGACACUAUAAUCAGAGCUCAUGCCCGGUUUGGGAACAAGUGGGCUACCAUCGCUCGCCUGCUCAAUGGUCGUACAGUUAGCGCCAUUAAAAAUCACUGGUACUCCACCCUCAAGUGGAAAUCCUCUGCCAUGAUGGAUGACUUGAACGACGAUGAAAAUGAAUCUGAUGAUAUCUCAGCAAACAGAGGCAAAGCUCUGCACGUGUCACUUCUGAGCAGAAAUACAAGUUCUGCUUCAAGAAAUUUGGAAAAUGAACGUGAUAUUGAAGCAAAUAGAGGCAAUGCUUGGGAUGGAUCGGGUCAGAAUUACAGACAGGAAAAUGAAUCUGGUGAUAUCUCAGCAAACACAGGUAAAGCUCUGGAUGGGGCACUUCUGAGCAGAAAUGCAAUUGCUGUUCCAUUAUUUCUGGAAAAUGGAUAUGGUAUUGAAGCAAAUAGAGACAAUGCUUGGGAUGGAUUGUGUCAGAAUUACAGACAGGAAAAUGAAUCUGGUGAUAUCUCAGCAAACACAGGUGAAGCUCUGGAUGGGGCACUUCUAAGCAGAAAUACAAUUGCUGUUGCAUUAUUUCUGGAAAAUGGAUAUGAUAUUGAAGCAAAUAGAGGCAAUGCUCGGGAUGGAUCCGGUCAGAAUUACGGAGAGGUAAUAGCCAAACCAAAAUAAAACAUUAAUUUUUUUUUUUUGCCACUUAGGGAAUUUUAGAGGUGGGGGAAUUUUUGGAUAAAAGGUAAAUUUAUUU